AGUAAAACAAAAGCACAUUCAACUGUAGAAAUAAAAAAAGAAUGAUAAAAUUACACAUAAAAAACAUUAUAUUUUUUGUAUACAUCUUUGGCAUAUUUUUCACCAAUACUGGACUUGUCUCCUGUUUGGAGAUGGAAUGAUGUUGCAUAAAAUGGGAGGACAACCGGAUUGAGAGAAAAUUCUCAAAAGUGAGAGUCUGGGCAGAAGCUAAAAUGUACAUGUUAAUUAGCCAGAUGAAACUUCUCACAAUCCUGAAAGGUUAAACAUAGCAAACAAAAACUCAUGUCCUUUGUUUACAGCCAAACUUUCUCCUCAGGCCAGUACUCGAGGGCCUUCCUGGGAUGGCUUGUGGUAAAUAUUUUUCCAGAUGGAUGUUGGCAGACAAACCAAAGUUGUUCAUUGGAUUCUGACCCAAUGUAGCAGACCACUGGUCUACUACAGAAAGCCAAAGAGAAGAGAGGAAGAUGGUGCCAAAUGAUAUGUCUAAGAGAACAUAGCUCAGAAUCUCAUUCUCUUUGGAGAUAAUAAUAUAUCUCCUUAUUUAUAAUUGGUCUUAACUUACACAUAAUAAUAAUGAUAACCUACCCCCAGACUGAGAAAGUGAACUGUGGGGUCCCUGUGACAUCGCAAAAGAAGAUGGAACUAAGGGUAAGAGAAAAAUGUACAAAACAAGAUUUAGAAAAACUGUCAGUAAUAAGAUGGUUACUGUUCAUGAUUUUAUAAGAACAUCUGCGAUGAAGACCACACAUCCACAUGAGGAGAAAGUAGCUUCAUAGAACCUAUGAGUAUCUAGUAGAAUAUUUUGAGUCCUAGCACAUAUUUCUUAAAGUAAAUAUAACUUUAGCUUAGAAAACAAUUUCAGAUUCAUAUCUUUAAUGUGUAGUUUCAUAUAAGACUGAGUAUGUAGUGAAAAUCUGAUGACACCAAAAGCUUUAUUUAUACCAUUAUUAAAUCCACCUUGUACGUGAACUGACAGUGUUAGUGUGUCAAACUAGAAAAGGCCAAAGGGUGUAUGUAUCUUUACAACUGUGGUCUUACCUUGACAUUUCUAUCCUUGUAAUCCUAAAAGUGUUCAACUUUUCACCUCAACCUUAUCAGCAUUUAUAGCUAACCGACACCGGCAUGAACUCUAUAUCACCUCGUGUUUAUCAGUCCUGGUGGUAACAAAAAUCAUAUAACAAGUCUGACAGUGAUUCAGAGCUUUGUAAAAUGAUUUGAUCAUUUAAUUGCUUGGACAUUUCCAUUUCCAAACUUCUAGCUUUGGGAAAAAAAGACUGUCUAAAAAACAUAAGAGGAAGAAUAUGAAAUAUGAGAGCAUACUGCUUUCUGUGUUAUGUGUAAGGUUACAUAUUAAGUUAUUGACUAAUACAGAGGAUUUUAGGUAUCAUUUAUCAAUAUUCUCCACACCUCAUGACACAUGGCAGCGAUGUCAGUUACAUAGACACACAACACAGAGAGACUUUAACGUACUUUUGUGUUCCACAAUUUGGAAUUUUCUUCUUUGCAUGAUUCGUACAGGACUGAUCAGCCAGCAAAAGUUAUUAUUUCAUAUGAAUUACUUUCUUAUUAAUUAUUACGGGGUGAGUCUGUGGUUGUGGUGCCAUUUGUGUCCCAAUGGUAUUACAUUUGCAAACAUAUAUGUAAAGUAAUGAUAAAACAUGUUUUAAACACAUCCUUCACAACAAGCAGUAGAAAUAGCUUGAAUGUGGUAGCUUAGUUUUUAUGGUGUUGGACCACCAAUCUGAAGGUUGUGAGUUUGAAUCCCAGGUCCAUCAAUUGUCUACAAGGCCUUGAACCUUCAAUUGCUCAGUUGUAUAAAAGUAAGUGGCUCUGGAUAAGGGUGUCUGCCAAAUGCUGUAAAUGGAAAGUAAAUUAAUCAAACACUAACCUUAACUACAUUACUAGAAGACUGUUUUUGCCUGUUCCAGACCAUUCUUACUGCACUUUACCUUUUCGUCCGUUAUAAGUUAUUAUAAGAAAUGUAGAUGUUCGUGUCCCACAACAUUCACCUGCCCCUGUUACAUGAACAUAUCUAUUUCUAUAUUACGUUUUAAAUAUUUCAAAAUAGUGUGUAGCAGGCAAGAUGCAAAAUCAGAAUUUCCUGAAGAUCAUGGGAAGGAGAAAAUUAAGUAUUUUAAAUGAUAUACUGAUGGAUGGUGUUACUAUAAAUAUGCAGCCCUAUUACCCUGCCACAACUUAAAAACUUUAUUUAAAUUAUAAAAGACAUUUUUUUUUAUUACUGUUACUGUCUUAAAAGCAAUAUGCAAACACUGAGAGCAUAAAAAAUACGUUAUUAUAAAAAUAACUGUUGCAUGACAUAGUGGGUAACAUUAAGUGUCUGUAUGCAGGGUGUUUUUAGAUUAAAUAAGUGCUAAACACAGUGAAGUGUUACUUAGUCUAGAGCACAGGCUGUUAAAAUAAACUAAAGUUUUAAUAAAAACUGCUUUGAAUCAAUUCAUCAAAAUGAAGACAAGAUCUGUAUUAGGUUUAUCUUGUGCCUUCAAUCAAAAAUAUUUCAGGACUUUUAAUUUCUUAUUCCACUUCAAUGAUCCAACUCACUUUAUUUACUUAUACAAGUCAUUGUAUUAUUAUUAUUAUUAUUAUUAUUAUUAUUAUUAUUAUUAUUAUUAUUAUUAUUAUUAUUAUUAUUGGUCCUCCACUCUCUCCUCACCCAGAUGAUGUGCAGGAUGCAGCCCACUAAGAUGCUGUGACGUCACCGACCAGCGGAUAGUUGGGAGGCUACUUUGUAGAGAUGGCGUCCGAGUCCCCAUGAAUAAGCAGGAAAGGAAGAGGAAGGAAUAAUGGCACUACACAGACAGCACCAGUCUGGGGGGAUGUGAGAUUAGCUAAAGUGAGAUCAUAUUUUAUUACAGCGAUGCCGGGAUGUCCUUACAGUGGUGGAUUAAAUCUGUGAUUAGGGUUGAUGAGUGACUUGGCGCGUCCGCCUGCCUGCUCCUCCCGGUAACACGGCAGCGGAGCAGGAGGAGGAGGAGGAGGAGGGUUUGGGGGUAAACGCGAUGGCUGCGGGGGGUGAAGGGCGCGGGGAGACGGUGCAGCAGUACCGGUCCGAGGUGGAGCGGCUCACACACGAGCUCGCCGAGGCGAACCGGGAGAAGUUCCGUGCGGCUGAAUGCGGACUCGUGGUGCUGGAGGAGAACCAAACCCUGAAGCAGCAGUACGCAGACCUCGAAGCCGAGCAGGAGACCCUAAGGCAGGAGUUGGAGCAGCUGCAGGAGGCAUUUAGCCAGGCCUACUCCACCCAGAGGAAAGUUGCAGAAGAUGGUGAGACCAACGAGGAAGCGCUCCUACAGGAGUCGGCCACCAAGGAGGCGUAUUACAUAAGCCGUCUGCUUAAUCAGCAAACUGAACUGAAGCACAGUCAGUCUCAGGCCUCCAACACGCAGGCGGAGAAUGAAAGACUCAACACCAUCUUGCAAGACCUUCGAGAGAGCAAGGAGAUGCUGGAGUUACAGAGAAGCAGGAUGAGAGAAGAAGUAAGAGAGUAUAAGUUCCGUGAGACUCGGAUGCUGCAGGAUUACUCCGAGCUCGAGGAAGAGAACAUCACUCUGCAAAAACUGGUGUCCACACUCAGACAGAACCAGGUGGAGUAUGAAGGCCUGAAACAUGAGAUCAAGGUGUUGGAGGAGGAGACAGUCUUGCUGAAUAGCCAGUUAGAGGAUGCCUUACGCCUGAAGGAGAUCUCAGAGUGUCAGCUGGAGGAAGCACUUAAUGCUCUGAAGAGUGAACGUGAGCAAAAGAACAGCCUGCGUAAGGAGCUAGCCCACCACAUCACCCUGUGUGAUGGACCGUUCUCUUCAGCCUGUGCCCACCUGGUCGCGCUCAGCUCAGCGCCCCCGAGUGGCAGUGCCACCCCUACUGCUGCCACUUCUCCGGGCAGCGAGGACGGUAGCAAAUGCAAUGGACUUCUGCUGCAGGGUUCAGCUGGAAAAGCACUGGGCCGACUAAACGGGGACUUCAGAGGAGCAGGCCAGAGGAAACACAGCGACUCCACAACCCCUGACCUCUUCAGUGAGCUUCACCUCAACGAGAUUCAGAAACUGAAACAACAACUGCAGCAGGUGGAGCAGGAGAAGACGUCUGCACUGAACAGCCUUCAGGAGUGUGAAACACAGCUACGCCACUCACAGUGUGCCCUAGUAGAACAGUUUGAGAGAGCACAACACCUCCAACAGCGCAUUUGUGCACUACACUGGCAGGGAGGUGUGACAGAGACUGGUGAUGAGGAAAAGGCAGAGGCAGAGUUGAAGGGUUCGUCAAGUGUAUGUGAUGAGCUGGAGGGUAUGGGACUGGAACUAUUGCAGUGUAAGUACAAAUUAGCAGUGACAGAUGUGGUAAGCCUUAAUGAUGAUCUGAAGAACCUACAAGAGAGGCAUAAAGAGUGUGUGGAGCGGGCGGCACGGGAAGAAGAACAGACCCGGGUCCAAAUGCAGGCUCUCGAAGCGAAGGUGUCCUGCCUGGAAUGCCGUUGCCGUGAGGGUAGGGAUAAGGAAGCAGCACUUCAGCGAGAGCUAAAGAAAGCUAAUGAUUCUGCCUUGGAAUGCAACAGCACCCUGGCUGCAGCCUAUGAGGAGCUGACCACCUUCAGCGAGGAACUGGCACAGCUUUACCAUCAUGUUUGCAUGUGCAACAAUGAAACACCAAACCGUGUAAUGCUGGAUUAUUACCGCCAAGGCCGGAACCCUCCGCGUGCUACGUCCACAAGUCUUAAAGUACAGGAUGACCAUCGGGUCCUCCUGACACCAAGACUGGCGCGCCGCCUGGCGGCUAUCAACGCUGCCACAUCUUCCACUUCGACACCAAGUGACUCACAGAGCCCUACAGAAUCUCCCUCUAAGGAUCCCCUAAACUCUGAGGAUAGCCCAGCACGCACAGUGCUGAGCUCAUAUCCUGUCAGUGCCUCUUCAUCAUCAUCAUCUUCAUCCCCAGCACCUGAUUCGCCUGCUGGCUCCGACACCCAGCGCGAACCCAUCAACCUCCACCACCUGAAUGCUAUUAUCCGCGAUCAGAUCAAGCAUUUGCAAAAGGCAGUGGACCGCUCUCUGCAGCUGUCUCGCCAAAGAGCAGCCGUCCGGGAGCUCGCACCUCUCUUUGAUAAGGAAAAGGAGGCUUGUAUGGAAGAAAUUCUGAAGCUUAAGUCAUUGCUGAGCACCAAGAGGGAGCAGAUCGCCACCCUGCGCCUGGUGCUGAAAGCCAACAAACAGACAGCAGAAAUAGCUCUCUCAAACCUGAAAGGCAAGUAUGAGACCGAGAAGAGCAUGGUGACUGACACGAUGAUGAAGCUCCGUAAUGAACUGAAGGCGCUGAAAGGGGAUGCUGCCACGUUUUCUUCACUAAGAGCCAUGUUUGCCACACGGUGCGAUGAGUACUUAACUCAGUUGGAUGAUAUGCAGAGGCAGCUUGCAGCAGCAGAGGAUGAGAAGAAGACACUGAACUCCCUUCUCCGCAUGGCAAUUCAGCAAAAACUGGCACUAACACAGCGUCUGGAGGACUUGGAGUUCGACCACGAGCAAUCUCAUCGCCCCAAACUGAGGAUGGCCAAGACGGCCAGACCGAGGACCACAUCACCUAAAGUAAGUGGAACAGCCACCUUGCCCCUUCCUGACACCUCGACUACAGUAGCCGAGGCGGUUGCAGAAACAUCCCCUACUGUAGUCAUUCCCUCACUCUCUUCUGACCCAGGCAGUCCCCCCUCUCUGGAAGCCCCUUCCUCUCCUGCCUCGUCUUUCUCCUCCACCUGGACACCCCCAGUUACACCCUACAGCCGGGGCCACACCCACUGGAUGGUGGGAAUGCGAACAUUCAUGGUGGAGCCACACUCCUAUGGUGUGGACGUUAAUUCCACGAGUAUGUCCCGACCCACCAGCUUGGCCCGUCGCUAUGCAUUCGAGCCGCUCUAUUCAUCGGGUUCGCAAUCCCCUUCUCCCUAUCGCUCUUAUCGCUCCACCUGGAGCUCACCCAGAUCUCGUCCACUCUCCACAGUCCAAACGCACUCCACCCACACAUCGAGGUACACCUCUCCAUCUUCCUCCUCUUACGGCCAUUCAUCCGCAAGAAAUUACACUUCUCAUCACCCCCGCUACUGAAAGCUCAGCGGGUGGCACAGAGAGGAGGACAGACUGGUUUCCUAUUUUUAUAGUUUCCACUGCACUCUGCAACUUUGGUGACUGUUUUCUGCUCAGGGAUUUUGUGGAGCACAAACGGCCAUGCCUUCCUCCAAAAGAGAGUUAAUCACUUCUCAGAACGCUCUUCACUGUUUCUAACCUCUCAUGCAGUUCAUUCUGAAGUGAACUUGGUGGGCCUUUGCAGUGCAAGCCUCCCAAACCACAGAGAUUACAUUUACUUUUAAGAGAGUGUUAACUGGACUGUCUGUCAGCCAUAUUGGAUUAAGGCAUUGUUGUCUUGUUUCAAUGUGAACAUUUAAUUAUAACAAACCGUACGAUUUACAUGAAAGGGUUUGGAAGUGUCUUAUUAAUUACUAAACCAAGAAAUAUGCACUGUAAUUUCCAUCACUGUGUAUAAAAUGUAUGCUUUUAAUGCUACGAGAACUUCUUUUACGAGUAAAACAUCAAGUUUAGUUUUAGCUUAGUUUCUUUUUUGUUCAGCAGCCAAUCCUGAUACUGAUUUUUUUCCAUUUUCGUUAGUAAUCAUUCACAACCCCUGACCUGUUUAGAGUCAGCCUCACAUCCCCUGUGGUUUGCCCAUUUUCAUUUAAAGGAAUAACAAGCAUGCAAACACUAUCAGUUGCCAUAAUUUCCUUCUCUAUUAGAAAAAGCGUUCAAACCGAAAGACACUGUUACUGUGCAGUCAUGAUGAGAGGAUUAUGUUCAGAACAUUUCAUUUAAGGAAGCGGGGACUUUUAACGGGAACGUAAUGUUUAUUAAGCGAUAUCUAGAAUGUAUAAUAUACACAACAAAUCUCAGGGAAUAGCAUCAUUGCUCUUGUAAUGGAGGCGUAAAGUGUAGACUUUAAGGAUUGGGUUUGAUUGUCAUCAGAUUGUUUUGCCAUUCUUUAAGUAUUUGUGUUAAUUUAGUAACGUAUGGCAAACCAUAUUGUCUCCAGAUUGUUUACUCUUAUAAAAUCUCCACAUGUAGUUGCUUUCAUUUCCAUAGUGAUGAGCAAGCACAUUAUUAGUAUCCCUCUGUCACAUCCUAGCUCAUAUUUUUUAUCCCACCAAAGACUUAUGCAUAUGAAGGCACUGGUUACAGCUACAAUUUUUGAUUAUGCAAUUUACAUCAGCUUUAUCCGUCUGUCUGUACUCAGAGGGAGACUGAAGCAUUUGACAUUCCCAAUUUCCAACUCAACAUUCCCCGCUUGAAAUUCUCCCCUGAUUGACAUAUCAUGUGGAUUUGUGUAAAGUUAUGACAACACACAUCACAUGGCCCUCACGAUCCCUGGUACCAGAGAAGAUCACUGGGCCUUGCAGAUAAUUAUGUACCAUUAUGGUUGGUAUUAUAGAGGAAAGUCAUGUAAAUGUAAUUAACGCAUUUUGUUGUAUUCUGCUCUGUUCCUGAAGUGUUCUUAAGGUAGAAGGUUAGAAGUCUUGUAUUAUUGUAUAAUGUUGUGGUCAUUCUACUCUGAGGUGGUUUGUGGAGCUGUUGGACCGAUAGGGAGGAACGGUGGCCUAGAUUUAAAUAAACUUUUCAGUGAUUUUUGUGCUCAGGUGUUAUUGUCAGGACCGACAUUUUUCAGAGAAACCUUUCAGACCUCCUCUGUGUGGCACCCAGUUUUUUUUGCAAACUCCUUAAAAAACACACACACCACACACACACAGACACACAGACACACACCACACACACACACAUUACUGAUACCUUGUCUGUCCCAGCCCCAUCACUCCCUCAAUGAAAAUCCAUUCCACUAAAAUUCAAGACAUUGACCUCAAACAUGUCAAAUGCUUCAGUGCUUCAACUUCAGCUUGUGUCUUUUUCAACCUGUACUGAAUGUCACACGCUGGGACAAAAUCAUUAAUGUAAUUUUGCCUUUUUUACUGGGAAUAAUGUGGCCUACAGCAUUAUUACUACUACUACUUGUACAGUCAGAGAGUCUUUCUGCAGGCAGACUGUUAUUACUGAACAUAAGCAUGGGUCAUUACAGCAACAAUCUCUCCAGUGCAUUGUUCAUUGAACCUGGUGUGUAUAUACUUCAUAUGUAUUGUAAAUAACACAUAAAAGACCUACAGUACUGAUGUUUUUGUGUGUGUCAUCUCAUGUUGAUGUACAUACAGCCAACGGAGUCAGGGGACGUUUUCACUGCUCAUGCAAUUCAUAGCAACUCCUUACAUUUUCAUAAAUCAGGUGAUGCUGUGGAUGUAUCUGUAUUUCUGUGUGUCAUUCACACUCAGUUUCCUGACCCUUUAAUCCAGUCACGGUUUAAAACAUUCACAUAAUUUAUCCCAAAAUGUGGUCUGAUCUAAUCUAAAUAAAAGAGCAGCACAUUUCCAGAUAGGAAUUAUGGAUUAGAUUACAGAGAGUGGAUUAAAGGUUAGUCUGCUCAACCCUGAUCAAAAUAGCUGUAUGUACAGGAUCUGUGGGCCUGGCUUUAAACAGAGAAAGUGCAGGCAGGAUAUCCGGUGGUGUUUAGGGGUGUAACGAUGCAUUGUGGCAUGAGGCUUAGUGAGACGUAUAAUUCACAUCAGUGAAAUUCUAUCGAACAAAAUAAAUAAAUAAAUCUCACUGUUCGAACACCAGAGGUCCUAAUCUGCACAGUCAGUAGAGUUAUAGAGAAAGAGAGCACAUAGUCACAUGAUCACAGUCGUGAUGAGACACAGGCGAGUGAGGAUCCAAAUGCAGUUUGACUUUUUAUUAAGCCAAAGCAAGAAAUAAGCAACAGAUAAGCAGGCAAAACCAGGGUAGAACACUGAGCAGAACAGAGAACAGGGACAUAAACAGACAACAUACUACAUACCAACAACGACUAACAAAACACCUGGGGAAGAGAUUGAGUGCAAUUAGUGUCCAUGGUAACAAAUGAGUGGGCGGGGCCAACAAUUAACAGCAGGGAAUGACAGCAGACAGAAACAAAGCAAAACACAGACAGACUCAUUACAAUCACAGUCUUCAUAGAGAACCAGGAACCAAAGUGAAGUGACUGAUAGCUCCACAUCACAACAACUGAACCACAUUACAGGAAUUCCAAGACGACCCAUUGGAUUUUCUUGUCCACAGAAUCUCCCCCUGUAUAAAUGUGUCAAAUGAUAUUCUUUUCUAUUGCAACACUGUACUCCUGCUGUAUCCCACCUGGGCCGCAACACUCAACAUACUGUACAGUAUCACAGGCUUAUUGUUUUAGUAGCUGACUUUGCCCUGGGCUUGGUUCUCAGCAGCCUCCUGCCUCAUUGUCGCCAUCUUCCUCACAACUAAGACUCAGCCAGGCGUCAACACAGAGCAAAUGUCUUGUGGAAGCAAACCUCCAGAAAGUCAUUGUCUUCCACUGAGGAGCCUCAGUCUUCUAAUCUGCCUUUUACUCCCACGCUUUCUGAUGCAGCAAACCAAAUAUAUACCCGAAGGAGUGUCGCAAUCAUAAAUGCCUUCCUGUAUAAUACAUCCUAUACAUUUUUGCCCCAAUCCCAUAACAAAACACGUUUUCUAUCCUUCUCUUAAUAGUAUCACGUGUCGCUUCAGUGCAGUGAACUACCUCUUUUUUUAAAUAUGUUUCAUUGUUCAGAUAUGAAUGUCAGAUAUUAUACCGGGAAUGUUGCAUGUUCAUGACGUUACAUUAUUACUCUUUCCCCAUUUUUAUGCAUUCGUACUCUAUGGUUUUCUGUCGCACACGAUUGUGGUCUCUGUUUGUCACUACAGCCACCACAGUCUCUCAGAUCUAUAAGCACAAAUGAUCAACAAGCACCAUACUACCUUACUGACACCUACAUUACUGACCAUAUGACCUCUCAUUAAAUACUUGAUAGUGAUCCAAUGUAAGGGCAAAAGGCUAUGCAUGUGAAAGUUCUAUGUAUUCAUUGUUUCUGUACCUAAUCUACUCUUUGUCUAUAACUGCUGACACUCGUAAAAAAAACUGCCAAAUACGCUCACAAGCCCGUUUGUGCAUUACAUCAGCUGACUAAAUAAGCCAGUUUACACUGAAGUGCAUUCAGUUUCAUCAUCUUUUCCCAUCAGAUUCCUUUAUCUUAUACUCAACUUCUAUUUAUUAAAUUACUGUAUAUUGCUCCAUGUCAUACUGUGUAUUGCUCCAUGUCAUACUGUAUAUUGCUCCAUGUCAUACUGUAUAUUGCUCCAUGUCAUACUGUGUAUUGCAUAUUGCUCCAUGUCAUACUGUGUAUUGCUCCAUGUCAUACUGUGUAUUGCUCCAUGUCAUACUGUAUAUUGCUCCAUGUCAUACUGUGUAUUGCUCCAUGUCAUACUGUGUAUUGCUCCAUGUCAUACUGUAUAUUGCUCCAUGUCAUACUGUAUACUGCUCCAUGUCAUACUGUAUAUUGCUCCAUGUCAUACUGUAUAUUGCUCCAUGUCAUACUGUGUAUUUGCAUCGAAAUGAUUUAUGAAACUUCCAAAAGAAAAAAAAAGAUAGACUUUGAGUCAUACUGAUUAUUCACAAUUAUCUGUGACUAGCUCUGUGGCGUCAGUGAAAAGCAGAGGUUCAGUAAGAUAUUUAUUCAUAAUUCUUCUUUACUAAUUUUGAAUAUGAACAUUCUACCUAAUGCACCUGUUAAAAAUAAAUAAAGCAAAAAAAGUGUCAA